AUGUUCUUUUUCAUUCAUAUUUUAUUUUAUUCUUUUUACUUUUUUAUUCGAGGUUUCUUUUUCUUUAAAUUUAUCUUUUAUUUCCUUUCCUUUCAAGUUCUUAUUUCUCAUUCGUACUUUCUAUCUACUUCUCCCUUCCAUAUUUUCGUCUUUUUCAGUAAUUCUUGGCUUUCUGCUUUUUUAUCGCUUCAUUAUAAUUCCCGUAUUUUCUUCUAUUUUCCUUCGCUGUUCUUUUUUACAAUUAACCCAGUUGCCUCGUUUUCUUCUAAUUUCUUUUUUCACAUUUUUACUCCCAAUUUCUACAUUCUUCUUUCAUCUUCCAUUUUCUCAACUUCUCUAUCUUCUAAUUUCUUCUUCAUCUUCUUUUUUUUACCAACUCUACCUUCUUCUUUCUUCUUCCUUUUCGUUUUGUCUCACCAUCUCUAUCUUUUAAAUUCUUCUUCCUUUUCUUUUUUUCUCACAAUUUCUACUUUCUUAUUCCCCUCUAUUAUUUUUACCGUCACUAUAUUCUUCGUUUUGAACACCGCCUUUGUCUACUUCUUCCUCUUUCCGUUACUAUUUUUCUUACCAUCUCUUGUUUCUUCUUCUCUUUCUUUUUCCUCACCAUCUCUUCCUUCUUUCCUUUUCAUGUUUCUCACUAUCUCUACAUUCUACUUCCUUUACCUUUCCUUUUUUCUCACUAUACGUUCCUCUUUCUUCUUUCUUUUCAUUUUUUAUCAUCAUUUUUACCUUCUUCUUUAUUCUUCCCUUUUUUUAUCAUUGUCUCUAUCUUCUACUAUUUUCAUUUUCUUAUCAUUUUUUCUCACACUCUCUAUAUUCUUAUAA